AUGUUCAAAAAAAGAGCAAAAAGAAUUCGAACUAAAAUUAAUGAUGAGGAAGAAAUCAGCAUAGAUGCCAUACCUGCUGUAAAUUCAGAAACAGAAAAGGAUCAAAAGAAAAAAGUUAAAGGGAAGACAAAAGAAGAACAAGAAGAAGCCUUUCAAAUAACAAAAAGUGCAGCGAGUCGUCGACUUACGAAAUCAAAAUCCAAAAAGCUUCAUCUUGAUCAUAAAUCAAUUCCUCAAAAUUCAGAUCCAGUCAUCACAUCUUCCUAUACCGAAGAAAUUUUAUCAGAAUUACGUGCCAAUACACCAGCAACGCCAGCCUCCUUUCAAUCUCAAGAUAAUAUUGGAGAAAAGUUUCCACUGACUCUUGAUCCUAACUUUGAUAUACCCGAUGCUGGAGCUAUUAAUGCAGCUAAAAAAGAAAGGGAAAUGCGACGAAAGAAGGGACUAUCUGAUACUUUAGAAUAUAUUCCAUUAUCAGAGGACACGGAUGUUAUAACUUCAUCAGGCAAAAAAAUGGAGUCAAGAUUGGUUCGAGAAGAGGACGAGUUGGGUGAAGCAGAUGAAGUGCACGAGUCGAUAAAUUUGUCCAAUGCUAAAUUCGCAUUGGGAGGAUUCAGCCAUGGAGUCGUCGUUGACCUAUCCAAUCAGAAUAUUGCAAAUACUAUAACGAUAUUAUCUUGUAGAUUAUUCAGAUAUUCGAAAAAAGAAUGUAGUUUUAAACUAAUUUCUAAGCUUUGUAAUGUAUAUAUAGAACUCGAACAAUAUUUGAACGAAAAAUUGGCUAUUGGAAAAAAGGCCAAAAGAGAACAGGAACGACUUAAAAAAGUAGACAUUGAAGAAAUGAUCAUGGAUGUAAAUUUUGAGGAAGAGGAUGUUGAAUUAUUGCAGCGAGAGUUUGAAGCCAUGAAAGCAGGUGGACACAAUCCUAAGAAAUCUUCAAAACGAAAAUUCGAUAAAACACAACCGAUUGUGAGGGCUAGAAUGCCCAUUAUUGUUCCUGUACCUACGUUAAAUGAGGUUCAAUCGAAUCUAGAAAGUCAAUUGAUGGAUCUACAAGUUCUGCAUAGUAAUCAUCAAGCUGAACUCAUCCAAAUACAAAAAGACAUCGACAGCCUUACAUCCUCGAAUACACAAAUAGAGGUUGAGAUGCAAAAUACGAAAAAACGAUAUAAUUAUUUUCAAGAUCUUAAAACAUUUGUCGAGAAUCUUGUAGAAUUUCUUGAUGAUAAGUUUCCAACACUAGAGAAACUCGAAAAUGAUUACCUGGAAGUACUUACUGAAAAGUCACAACUUAUUAUGCAAAGAAUCAUCAAAGAAGAUUCUGAAGAUAUCGCAUUAUUUAUCAAUAUGAAUAUUAAAGGUGAACGUAGACGACAGAUUCAGUCUGAUGAAAUUAAGGAAGAAGGAUUUUCUACAGAUGAAGAAUUUUAUGAUAAAGAAAUUGAAAAAGAAAUUUAUGGAAAAAUAGAUGUAAUUGAGGAUUUUAAAUCAAUUGCAUUUGUCAAGUCUAAAUUUGUAUCAUGGAAAACUGAAUUUAAUAAUGAUUAUACAAAAGCUUAUGGCGGUUUAAGUUUACCGGGUGUAUUUGAGUUUUACGUUAGAUAUGAAAUGAUGUUAUGUAACUUAUUAAAGAUUAACGAUAUAGAUGAUAUGGAAUGGUAUAAAGUUAUUUCUGAAUAUUCUGCUGAAUCGAGUAAAGAUCAAAUGGAAACAGAUGAUGAUUUUACAGUCUUGACCAAAGUUCUUGAAAAGAUAGUGUUAUCUAGGAUCGAGCAUUUAGUAAAAACUCUGAAUCCAUAUUCCUCACGGCAGACAAAAUCUCUUGUUGAUUUUUUAAAAAAGACAUUAAAAUAUGUAGAUAGAAACUCCAAAAAAUUUCAAGAUAUAAUUAUUGCGGUAUCAAAAUGUUUUCAGAAUGUAGUUGAGUCUCUUGAAACAAUACCUGAAAACAUAAAUAUACAAUUUUCAGAUCCACAUGAUUCUAUCUUAGUAACACGAAAUCGCUAUUUUGGUCGCAAAUAUAAGCUGCUGGAAAACCUUAUAAUGUGGAAAGAAUUCGUUCCUAUAGAUAUAAUUCGAUCGUUAUCCAUUGAUUAUUUACUUAAUCGACAUUUAUUACAUAUUUUAAAGAAUUCAUCGUUAAACACAGAUAGCGCAAAGUAUCAAAAGAUACUUAUAACUAUCCCUAGAGAUUGGCUUCAUCCUUCAUCAUUAGAAACAUUAGCACGUGGAGCUGCAGGGUAUUGA